AUGCAGUCUGAGAAACGUGGUACAUUACAAUGCUAUUUUCUUUCUUGUAACAAAAAAUCACAUAUUCAUGAACAAGAAAUUGAACCGAGCAUAGUCAUUCCACCUUCUUUAUCAACACCUGAAAUUCAAGAUCUUUCUUGUUCUUCUUCGUUGACUAGCGACCAAAAUUUAUCUGAUUGCUUUGUUCAUGAUUCGACAUCUUCGCUCAACUUAUCUUCUUUAAAUGAAAACUCUUAUGGAAAAUCUAUUCCAAAUGAUAUCAGUAAUUCAUGUAAUGAUGCUCCAGUUCAAACAAAACUAACAAAUUAUCCAGUUAAUCAACAAAAUCGCUCACUUCAAUCGAACUGGUUUAAUGAUAGAAUAUGGUUGGAAUAUUCAGUAAAAAAUUAUGCAUGUUAUUGCUAUUAUUGCCGUCAUUUCUCUUCGAAUCAAUUAAACGCCGAUGAUGCUUUUACGAGUAAAGGAUUUAAUAAUUGGAAGAAGGCGUUGGACAAGACUGUUGGUUUGAUUAAACAUGUAUCAUAUCAAGCACAUAUUGUUUCAACAAAAAACUAUCUAUCAUACAAACAACAACAAGCAGCAAAUUCCCAUGUUCUGAAAAAAUUGGACUCAUGUCGUGCAAUUCAGAUUCGUAAAAUUCGUGAUGGGUAUGAGAUCACGGGAACUAUUCAAAUAGUUCUUGUGAUGGGAUCUGAUCUUACUCCAACAGAUCACUUCUAA